AUGGUGACGAUCGGUGGGAAGAGCAGGCUGUCGAUUGAGAUGGAUUCCAUGGCAAAGAACCCACCGCCUGGAUGCAGUGCAGGGCCUGUGAACCCCAAGGAGCUUGACAAAUGGAUUGCGGUGAUAAUGGGGCCGCCAGGAUCUAUUUAUGAGGACGGGAUGUUUGAGCUGCAUAUAGUGUUCCCACCAUUCUACCCGUUCAGUCCACCAAAGGUGAAGUUCAAAACGCGAAUAUUCCACUGUAACAUAUUUGAGGAGAAUGUGUGUCUUGACAUUCUGAAGGAUCAGUGGACGCCUGCGCUGACGAUAGACAAAGUUCUGCUAUCGAUUCUUGUUCUUCUGCAGGAGCCGAAUCCGGAUGACCCGCUGAAUGGCGAGGCAGCAGCGCUGUACCGCAAAAACAUAGAUAAAUACGAGAAGAAGGCAAAGAAAUGGGUUAAGAUGUAUGCAUCGAAGUAUAAGUCUGAUUCGGAGGAGGAGGCGGAGGAAUAA